GCCGGGCAGGGCCGAGUUCCGCGGCAUGGAGUCGGGGGCUGAGCACCAGCAGCAGCUCCGCAGCCUGCGGGACUUCCUGCUGGUCUACAACCGCAUGACCGAGCUCUGCUUCCGGCACUGCGUCUCCAACCUCAACUACCGCCUGCUCACCGGCCGUGAGGAGAGGUGCCUCGACAGCUGCGCCGGGAAGCUGGUUCAUUCCAACCACCGCCUGAUGAGUGCCUACGUGGCGCUGAUGCCCUCCAUCAUGCAGCGCCGCAUCUCCGACUAUGAGGCCAGCAUAGCUCCUGCAUCCCAGGACUCUGCCCAGGCGGGAUUGGCGGCACCCACAGCCCUGCCGGGGGCUGGGGCACCCCCAGCCUCUUCUGACCCACCAGUGGGCCCCGCUGCACCCUUGCAGGGGGCUCCAGGUGCUGGCACGUAGCACGGCUGUUGUCCUGAGUCACACCUUCCGACGGCAGCGGCGGGUGGAGUGGCUGCAUGAUGGAUCCAGGCCCUGCAUUACCUGCGGGAAAGGUAACUUCUGGGUGCUGUGGCACAGCCUGGGCCUCUGCAGGCUGCCGUUAGUCCUGGUCUGGAGCAGCAGAUCCACUCUGCACUGAGACCCGGCCUUGCAGGUCUGUGUCCUCUAGAGCAUUGGCAUCGAGAGCCUCCUGGCAGCAGUAGGUCUCUCCUGUGCCUGGCAGGGCAGAGGGCACGGGGGGCACCAAGAAAGAAAUUGCAGUGCCUGCCCUUCUGCCGGGGGUGGUUCCCCCCUGAACUCUACCUAAACAGCCCCGGCGCUGGGCUUCCCUGCUCCAGGCCUGGGGUUCUUGUAUUUCUAGGAAACAGUUUCCUACCACUAAUAAAACAUCUCUUCAUUAA